AUGGAGGGUGACCACACCAUCCAUUUCCGGGAUAAGAAGUUUCAUCCCAGUAACUCGGUGUUUCAGGCAGAACUUACAGCCCUAAAGGCAGCUCUGGACUUUACUGCUAACAAUGGCAGAUAUAAAGUAAUUUACACAGACUCAAUGUCAAGCUUGCAGGCUAUCCAUGGCUGCCGCAGUAGACAUUCCAUUGUCAGAGACAUACAAAAGCUAUUAAUUUCGAUUGAUGCAAGUCUGAGGCCCCAACUACAAUGGGUUCCAGCCUAUACGGGGAUUAAAGGAAAUGAAGCAGCCGAUAUGAUUGCGAAAGCCGCAGCCAAUGAACCUCACGUGAGUAGUAUUGGUGUGCCCCAUCCGAACUCGUAUCUGAAAACUACUCUCAAAUGUGAACUAAUGAAGCAGUGGCUGGCAAAACUACUGGGAGAGAAGCACCACAGGCGACAAGCACUAUGA